UGUGCGAGCCCUAAGGGUAGAGCCCUUAGCCUUGUGUCAUCUUGGUCGCCGCCGCCGCCAUGGCGGUGGUCCCUCCCCCCCGGGAGGGCACCGUGGCCGUCAUGGUGCGAGUGCGACCCCCGGCCCCCGGCGAGGGAGCCGCGCAGCACCCGGUGCUGAGGGUGCUCGACCAUCACACCCUCGUGUUCGACCCUGACGGGUCUGCUGGUGCCCCCGGCGGGGUGCAGCCUGCUGGCCGCAGCAGGAACCCAGGGAAACAUCAGAAGUUCCACUUCGACCGGGUUUUUGCUGAGCAGGCCACCCAGGAGGAGGUGUUCCAGCACACCACCCAUCAGAUGGUCGACACCAUCCUCGAUGGCUACAACUGCUCUGUGUUUGCCUACGGGGCAACAGGAGCAGGGAAGACCUACACCAUGCUGGGCUCAGAGAAGAGCCCUGGCAUCAUCCACCUCACCAUGGAGGAGCUGUUCAGGAGGCUUGAGGCUAGGAAGGAGCAGAAGAGCUAUGAGGUCCUGGUCUCCUACCUGGAGGUCUACAACGAGGAGAUCCAUGACCUGCUGGAGCCCAAGGGCCCUCUGUCCAUCCGGGAGGAUCCCGAGAGAGGAGCUGUGGUUCAGGGUCUCUCCAUCCAGCAGCCCAGCUCGGCAGAGCAGCUCCUGCAGACGCUGCUGAGGGGCAGCAGGAACCGCACGCAGCAUCCCACCGCUGCCAACGCCUCCUCCUCCCGCUCCCACGCCGUCCUGCAGGUCUACGUGAAGCAGCAGGACCGCGCCGGGGGCCUCGGCGGGGCUGUGCGGGUGGCCAAGAUGAGCUUGGUCGACCUGGCCGGCUCGGAGCGAGCCGCGCUGGCCAAGACCAGGGGCGAGCGGCUGCGGGAGGGAGCCAGCAUCAACCGCUCGCUGCUCGCCCUGCUCAGCGUCAUCCAGGCGCUGGCUGGGGCCAAGGGCAAGCAGAGCCACAUCCCGUACCGGGACAGCAAACUGACGAGGCUGCUGAAGGACUCCAUCGGCGGCAACUGCCGCACCCUGAUGCUGGCUGCCCUCAGCCCCUCGCCGCUCUGCUGCCAGGACACCCUCAACACGCUCAAGUAUGCCAGCAGGGCCAAGGAGAUCCAGGUCUCGCUCAAGAGAAACCCGCUCAGCCCGGACUCCCACGUCUGUCACUAUGCUGUGCUGUGUGCGCAGCUGAGAGCGCAGGUGGCAGAGCUGCAGACCAAGCUCCGUGCCUACGAGGACGCUGCCCGCAGGGCACAGAGCCAGGCGCCGCUGCCUGCCCUCGGCUCCAGCCCGUUGCAGCUGCCCAGGGUGGAGGAGGCUGUGCCCAAGGUGUGCCUGGACCUCCCUGGUGGGGAGAGAGCUGGAGAGCAGCAGGAGCUGGCAGCUGGCUGUCCUGUUCCCUUGCAGCUGGCCUUGGAGGAGGCUGCAGAGGAAAGGUCUGCCCCAGCCAUCCAGCAGGCAGAUGUGCAGCAGGAAGCAAAGGAAGCAGGCCUCCUGCUGCAGGGCUUGACUGCCAGCCAGCCAGAGGGGUGAGUGUCCUUGUGCCACCUCCCUGUGCCACUUCCUCCUGGCUGCUCAGAGAGUUUCACCCUUCCUGUUGUGUGCAGCCCCCCUGAGGGUGCUGGAGGUGGG